GGUUGGGGCAGCAUCCUGUCACAUGUCCUGGUACGGUGGGAUCAUAUGACUCCACUCGAAGAAAAUGAAAGCUGGAUGCGGCUGGCCGACACCCGCAGCGCUUAUUUUGAUUUUUAAUUUGUGUUUUAUUGCCCCGUAUCAGCUGACAGAGCAGCAGGUAUGUUCGCUCUGCGGCGGGACGGUCCUGAACGGCUCCGCGGUCGGUCGCUUUUGUUCCUUAUCCGCUGGACGGAUAGACGGGCGUUGCUGUUUGAGAAAUGACAACACAAGCGACCCUGAACACAUCAUCGGACUGGAUCUAUCAAAUUGUUCACUGGCUAGUGUGGAUAAUCUUCAGGGUGCAUCAGCGGUGUUCAUGAUAGACCUCUCACUAAAUCCCAUCGUCAACAUCAGCGAUGCAGUAUUUCAAGGAUUUACUAAGUUAAAUAAUGUGAUCUUACCACAAGACAUAGUUUGUCCUGGAGGCAAUGCCUCUUGGGAAAAUGUGGAGGUAAAAGAGGGAAAUCGUUUCUGCGAAGGUCAAAAAAGUAUGUGCAACCAGACGGGACAGCUUUCUAUUGACUGUCCAGAGAACUCCCUCUGCGCCCCCUACGGCCCCGGCUUCUUUGAGUGCAGCUGUGCCGACAGCUUCCACGGAUACAAGUGUCUUAGAGAGGGGGAGUUCCCGACCCUCCAGGUGUUCGGGCCUCUGGCAGCGUCUACAGUUGUGAUUUCUUUCCUGCUCUGGGUCACCCAGAGACGCAAGGCCAAGUCACUCUGAGGCCAGCGACUGCUUUAAACCCGACUAAGAACUGACUCUCCUCAAAGGGAAAAUGCUGACAAAGUCUGAGGUGACCCCAGGCUUCUUUUAAAUAUUUUAUCAAUUUUACACCUAUCUCGGGGCAGCUAUAUUUUAUUUAAGGGAAACUGACAUUUCUAACCGUGCCAGUGCAAUUUUAAAGAAAGGCUCCAUUUUACAAAUGUGUUACUUUUGCUAGAAAUGACCACUAUUAUAUUAACACCUAGUCUGAUUUUGUCAAUGCAGCUGACUGAAUAAAAAAAAACAAGCAAGGUAAAACGCUUGUUAAUGAGAAUCUUCACACAAUAAUGUACUGCAUGUUGAACAUGUGCUUUAGCUACUUAAAGAUACAAAAUAUGAUUGUAACAAGAUUGUGAAUCUAACUGCGCUUUAAUGGUGAUUUUAAAACCUCCGACGCAGACGUGACGAAGUGGGUCAUUUAGUUCGACUGCUACAGUGUGGUGCCUGGUUACAACCUUUUCUGUUACUAGUUCAGGGACAAGACAUUAGUUUGUUUUCUGUGAUGAUGUUUAAGCCAUGAGUUGUCUCAUCACGUCAUUUUUUAGAAUUUCAGGUUCAAGUCAAAAUAGGACACGAGAUGUGUGAUACUGUUCAGUUACACCCCAGUUGUGUUGCAUCUUUUGUUCAUUUUGUUACCAUGUGGUAAAUGUCUCGGUGCUAACAGGCUCGUUGGUUCAAGGUCUGUUCCCAGUGGCAUUUUGGGUUUUAAUAAAGAUUCUUAAAACAGAA